AUACCAUGUAGAUCGUGUGCUUGAACGUGUGUGUGUGUGUGUGUAAACAAUAAAUAUGUCAUCUAUUGGUGUAACUCUAGAAGAUAUUCGAAAUGCAUUUGAACGAAUACGCGGCACAGUUAAAAAGACGCCAGUUCUUACGGAUGAGGAUUUCAAUGAAAAACAUGGUCGGCGAUUUUACUUCAAGUGUGAAAAUAUGCAGCGGACCGGUGCAUUCAAAAUCCGUGGAGCUUUAAAUGCGGUAUUAAGCAGACAAGAACGUGGCCAUACAUUAAAAGGAUUGGUAGCCCACAGCAGCGGUAACCACGGUCGAGCCCUUGCUUGGGUGGCCCGGUCUCUGGGUGUGCCAUGCGAGAUUGUGUGCCCUACCACCGUGCCGGAGUGUAAACUCGCGGACAUCAAGGAACUCGGUGCUACAUUGAGGUCAUGUGAACCUACGCCACAAGAUAGAAUAAAAGUUACAAACGAAGUGAUGGAGGAGAGAGGGUUUUCGUUCGUGCCAACGUGUGACGACUUGGCUGUUAUAGCAGGCCAGGGUACAGUGGGUUUGGAGAUUAUGGAGCAGGUGCCCGCUUUAGACGCCAUACUGGUUCCGGUCAGCGGCGGAGGUCUAGCUGCAGGAAUUUGUAUCGCUGCCAAGGCCAUAAAACCCGAUAUUAAAAUAUAUAUUGUUGAACCUGAGGGUAAAGAGCUUCAGAAAUGCCUCCUAGCAGGUGAGCGUCUGUGGCCAAAUCCUCCGCGUUGCCUGGACACAGUGGCGGAUGGAAUGCGCAUGCAACAACUCGGUCAGCUUACAUGGCCAAUAGUGUUGCAACAUGCGGAGAAGACCGUCUUUACAGUUACGGAUGACAAAGCUAUAAACGGAAUGCGGACUGGAUUCCAAGACUUGAAGUUGGUGGUGGAGUCGGCAGCGGGGACUGUUGUUGCCGCGGCAAUGUCUGACCAGUUGAAAGAUUUACCACCGGAAAUACGUCACAUUGGUCUCAUCAUGUGUGGCGGUAACGUCGACUUGGCGCAUCUGCCCUUCUUGUGAUGGCAGCCAUUCUGUGGCCUCGAAGUGCCUGAUGAAUGCGGAGGUUUUGUCUUCGCGCCAAAAAUAGCGGGGAAUGGGCCUUACCUAUGGUCCUUUGGGUGCGGG